AUGCCUUCCGAGACCUCCAAGACCCUAGAUAUUGGCGUUUUCCUCCCUAUUGGAAACGAUGGAUGGCUAAUUUCCACCGCGGCCCCGCACUAUAAACCCUCCUUCGGUUUGAACUGUAAAGUUGCGAAGCUCGCCGAGUCAUAUGGCUUCGACUUCGCCUUAUCAAUGAUCAAGUUCAGAGGGUUCGGUGGGAAGACCGAGCACUGGGACUAUAACCUGGAGUCUUUCACCCUUAUGGCGGGCAUCGCAGCCUGCACCUCCCGCAUCAAACUGUUUGCUUCGACUGCCGUCCUUGCUCUACCUCCCGCUAUCUGUGCUAGAAUGGCAGUGACAAUUGAUGAUAUUGCCAACAGCACAGCGGAGGCCGAGCAAUACAAGAACCGCUUUGGGGUCAACAUGGUCACUGGGUGGCAAAGCGCAGAGUUUACCCAGAUGGGCCUGUGGCCCGGAAACGAGUAUUUCGGCUACCGAUAUGAUUACGCCGAGGAAUACGUGCGGAUCAUGAAAGAGCUAUGGAAGAACGGCAAGUGCGACCUGGACGGCAAGUAUUUCAAAAUGGACGAUUGCCGCCUGGAGCCUCGGCCAGCUGGGGAGAUCAAGAUCAUUGCUGCCGGACAGAGUGACCGCGGCACUAAAUUUGCGGCGGAUUAUGCGGACUACAACUUCACGCUUGGAAAGGGGAUCAACGCCCCGACGGCAUUCGCUGACUCGAACCAGCGUUUGGUUGAUGCUGCCAAGGAGACGGGGAGGGAUGUUGGGGCCAUGAUUCUUAUGAUGCUUAUUAUGGACGAAACGGACGAGGCAGCUGAGGCAAAAUGGAAGCUUUACUGUGACAACCUUGAUGAGGAGGCUGUAGCCUGGGUUCAUUCCCAGUCAAAGAUGGACACAAAGGCAGACGCGCAAAGUAUGGUCGCACGUUUUGUGGAAGGAGCGUCAGCGGGUCAUCUGGUCAACCUGAAUGGAGGCACCUUGGUGGGCAGUUACUCGAAGGUGGCAGGCCUGUUGGACGAAAUUGCCGAAGUUGAGGGCGUUAAAGGUGUCAUGCUGCAGUUUGAUGAAUUUUUGAGUGGGGUGGAACUGUUCGGAAAGUAUGUGCAGCCUAAGAUGAAAACGAGGGUAGGCAAAGAUCCGCGGUCAAACGGUGUGUGA